AGGUGGACGUUACAGGAAAGACUGACUGGGAUCUGGGCGUGGCCAGUCGGUCCGUUAAUCGAAAGGGUAAAAUCACUGUCAGCCCCGCUCACGGUUACUGGUUCCUGAGUCUGCGGGAUCGGACCGACUUCGCCUUCCGGACAGAACCCUCGACCAGCCUGACAGUCAGCAUCAGACCCUGUCGGGUUGGGAUCUACGUGGACUGUGAUAAGGGCCUGGUGUCCUUCUACAARGUGGAGGCCAAGCUGCUCAUCUUUACUUUCACAGGUAGUUUUCCAGACACCAUCCACCCAUUCUUCAGCCCCUGUACCAAUAAAUCAGGACAGAACGAGGCUCCGUUAACCAUCUGCCCCGUUGCAAUGGCAGAUUGAAAUGAGCCGUUUGUUUCACAUGUGGAACACUGGGUCAAGGUUAACCCUCGAACCCUGACCCCCAAUCCCUCACCUUAUGGUGUCAGCAGCAGAAAAUGCUUCUUCUACAGGUCCUUCUCAAAAAAUUAGCAUAUUGUGAUAAAGUUCAUUAUUUUCUGUAAUGUACUGAUAAACAUUAA